AUGAAUCGUUACUUAAUCAACCUAUCCUACAUUGGCACUCGAUUUCGUGGCAUUCAGCGCAAAAUCGAUAAAACAAUCGGUCAGUUUAAGGAUCCACAUACCGUGCAAGGAGUAAUCGAGGAAGCUUUGCUGAAACUCAGGCCUGUUAAUGAACCCUUGUUGAAACUAUCGAGUCGCACUGAUACUGGCGUGCAUGCGCUGCACAAUACCGUCCAUGUGGAUUUACAACGCCCGAAUGGAAAACCGUACGACACGCAUCGUAUCACUACAACGCUUAAUCGUGCGUUCGAGAAAGAAGCCCAAUCUUUGCGCAUUCUUAGCACCGUGCACGUUCCGCACACCUUUCACGCACGAUUAUGCGCCAAAUCACGUACUUACCUGUAUCGGUUGGCGGUGUUGAAGAGGAAAUAUGCUUGUGAUUCCACCCGACAGCAUCCACACUCACGUUUCAUUCCGAUAGAAGAACACGACCGGUGCUACUUUUUAGGACACUCGCAGUUCGAUAUCGUUACAUUCGCUACGGUUGCUAAGAUGUUCGAAGGGAUGCAUGAUUUUCGAACUUUUAUGGCUGUUGCUAAGGGUAAUCCUCGGCAGCAGGAAGCGAUGCAUUCGCUAAGACGUAUCGAUCAGAUCACGGUUGAACGAGGACAGAGUAUGACGGCGGUAUUUAAUAGUGAACAGACUGAACAGUUUUACGACUUUUGGGACGUACGUAUACGAGGACGAUCGUUUCUCUAUCGUCAGGUGCGGCGUAUGGUAGGUGCUUGGGUGGCUGCAGCUGAAGGACGUAUUGACGAACGCGACAUUUAUCGUAUGCUUACCGUACCGUCUCAGAACUCCUGGUGUAGCAACGUAUUUGUAGCGCCCGCCUACGCUCUGUAUCUUUGUCACGUAGAGUACGAUCCUAACGAUAUAACCUUCCCGAGUGCAGAACCAGAAAGUUAUCAUGACCAGCUUUCUGGAACAAUUGCGUAA